CGCCAUGAGCGGGACGGUGCUGGCCGGGACCCCCAUCGCCGUGGACUUCUGGAGCCUGCGGAAGGCGGCCGGCGCCCGCCUUUUCUUCCUGUCCCACAUGCACUCGGACCACACGGUGGGGCUGUCCAGUACCUGGAGCCGCCCGCUGUACUGCUCCCCGCUCACCGCCCGCCUCCUGCACCACCGCCUGCAGGUGCCGAAGUGCUGGAUCCGGCCGCUGGAGGUGGGGCAGAGCCAUGUCGUGGGUGAGGUGACGGUGACGCUGAUCGACUCCAACCAUUGUCCUGGCUCCGUUAUGUUCCUCUUUGAGGGCGCCUUCGGCACCAUCCUCUACACAGGAGAUUUCCGCUACACGAGCGCCAUGCAGGGCGAGCCGGCGCUGAGGGGCCGCCACAUCGACCGCCUGUACCUGGACAACACCCACUGCCACCCCGAGCGGGCCCUGCCCUCGCGGGCGCUGGCCACCCGCCAGGCUGCCCGCCUCAUCCGUGCCCACCCGCAGCACCACGUGGUCAUCGGUGUGUACACCCUGGGCAAGGAGACGCUGCUGGUGGACCUGGCGCUGGAGUUCAGCACGUGGGUGGUGGUGAGCCCCUGGCGCCUGGAGCAGAUGCGGCUGCUGGAGCUGCCGGAUGUGUUCACCACUGAGGAGGGCACGGGCUGGAUCCGCGCCGUGGACGUCGCCGAGAUCCGCUGGGACGCACUGGUUGCCUGGAACGCGCAGCACCCCACCAUUGCCAUCAUCCCCACGGGCAGGCCCGUGAAGGUCACCCACCCCAACAUCCACCUCGUCCCCUACUCGGAUCACUCGUCCUUUGAGGAGCUGCGUGAGUUCGUGAAGUGGCUGAAACCUUGCUCCAUCAUUCCCAUUGUGAAGGACAACAUGUGCCAGGUCUACUUUCAGGAAUACCUGAGCUCUGCUCCCCAGGUGCUUCCUGACUUCAGAGUCUCAAAGACUGUGCAAGAGUCUGGACAGCAGCAAAGGCGAAGGAGGGGGCAGAAACCCACAAGUCUCUGGAAAAGAGCCCUGGGGAGUUCUGUGCCCCGAGGGGUUGUUUAUGACUCCCCAGAGAAAAAUACUGGCAAACCUGAAGUGUUUACAGAUGUUAAGGUUCCUCAGCACUACUGUGAGCCAGCUCUCUGCUCAAAAGAAGGGCGCACUUGUCACAGGGGUGACAAGGAAGAGCUGAGUGGGGAACAUCUGGGAGCAGCAGGAGCAGCACUUGUUUUCAGUGAGCACCUUGCAACUGGACUUGCAGAGCAGUAUUUGCUCACUCCCUUACAUGUCCUAAAGCAGUUUUCCUCACAGAAGUUUGAUCAGCUGGUAGAAGACUUUCUUCGGAAGAAAGACAUGCCCUGAAAAAUUGUGUGACGUUACUGGUGCUAGUGCAGCAGGUAGCAGUGUUUCAUUCUGCUCCAUGCUCAGGUUUCCCAUUAGGAGAGAGGAGCUCAGCUCUGGGGCUCUACUUUCUUUACCUCUUUAAAGAGGACAAAGAGGAAACUAGAGCCGGUUUUUACUUAAAAACUUACUUAUUUUUUUAUCUCUACAUCUGCUGUGCCCCCACACUACACUGGGCACUGUGGUCCCACUGUCUGUGUGCCUUGUGUCCGCCUUUUGCAGUGACUUGCCUGUUCCCUGUUAGAAAAGUCACUGAGAGGUUGAUUCAAGCAGAGCUGCAGAGGGUGUGAGCUGGUCUGCAGCUGAGUAAUUAAUGCCUGGAAUGUGACUAAAGGAGCAAGGGGGGGAAUCUGAGAGCCUCAAAGAUUCUCCUUUCUGUAAGUCUGUGAUGCCUCACCGAUUAUGAACAGUUAAUUCCAAAGUGAACUACUAAUCUUCUGUACUGAGGUGCUUUUUGAAAAUGCUGCUUAAAGAAAUCUAGGAAAUGAAGUGCCUUGAAAUCAAAUAAUCUGUUUUCUAUCUGUUAAUCUACUAAUACUUCCAGCUUUUGCAUCCAGCCAGCCUACUGCAGCUGGAUGUUGUCCUGCUCUCCUGAAAGUGCCAUCUCAAUGCUAAUUGUUAGUGCUUUUUCAGGUUUGUGGCUAGGAAAAGUAGGAGUUGUCUGGGUUCUUGAGUUGUGGGCUUUUCAGAGUGGGUCACUAAAUUCUCUGCAAUCACUUGCACCUGUGAAUUCUGUUUGAUUGCAAAGCACUCCUGGUAACUGCCAGUGUUCUGCCUUCCCAUUGUGCCUGCUCUUGUCCUGCAGUGGCAAACGGAAUGAGAGAUAAUGAAACAUCU